AUGGAGGCAGAAGGUGCGAACAAGACGCGUGAUGUCGGCUCGAUAAAUGGAACCGAAGCCAUCGAGGGUUCUGCUGUCACUGUUGGUGACGAGCUCACUAUCUUUGAGCGCAAAGCGGCCUUGAUAAAUGCCGAGAUUGACAAGUUUGGUUUUGGCAAAUAUCAAUGGUGCAUCUGGCUGCUGUGCGGUUUUGGUUACUUCCUUGACUUAGCCUGGGCACAAGGAGUUGGUCUGAUUGCCUCUGCUAUAUUGUGA